AUGGCGGAUUUAUUGCCGGAGUGUCUCAUUCAAAAAAUACUCUGUUUGAUUAGUUUUAAAGAAGCAACCAAGAUGAGCAUUCUCUCGAAAACAUGGCUACAAGCGUGGUCGACUCUUCCCAACUUGGAAUUCUUUGUUAAUUGUUGGCGAGGCUGGGAAGCGCAUAUAAAUAUAGUGGACACAACCAUGGAGAGAUAUGUGAAGCGGAAAAUUCCUAUACAAAAGUUUGAAUUAUCAGAGAUUUUUGCUGAUUCUCCCCAACUCUUCCCUCUGAUUGAUAAGUGGCUUCUCAUUGCACUUCAGAAUGGUGUAAAACAACUUGUACUUCACUUUACAGCAUACCCGGCGCCUAUUUUAACAAUCUUGACAGCAAAAUCUUUAAGUGAAUUGGUUCUGCACGGUUGUGCUCUUAUGCCUGUUUCAUUAUCUAGUGGGGUUGUGAGUUGCAAUUCUCUGAGAAAGAUUUCUCUAUCUUAUGUAACAUUAGAUGAAAACAUGCUUCAGACUCUACUUAAUAGCUGUCCCUUUAUUGUCUCUUUCAUACUUGAGUAUUGUUCGGGGUUGACUAUGAAGCUUAUAAAGAUCAAGUCGGAUUCCCUGAAGGUCUUGAAGAUUCAUCAAUAUUGCGGGAUAUGGGAGAUUGAUGCUCCAGAUUUGGUAUCACUUGACUAUACAGGGAAUGAAAUUCCUGAACUCAACAUUGUAAGAGAGUCAAGCCAAUUGGAGAACUCAAAAAUCAUUCUUCAUUGCAUCUCCAGAUUAAAUACGGCAUGGUUUUGUAAGUUGAGGAAGUUUCUAUCAAAUUCAUCCUCUUGGUCUGAAGUUAGCCUUUGUUUAUUCAAAUGCGAUGAGAUCAACAUGACAGAUUUGCAAAUGGACCACAUAGGUUCUAGUGGAGGGGUGGACGUUUUAAAUCUCAAUAUGCUACUGAUGGAUGAAAUUAUAGAGUGCCCAACUUUUGUGGAUGCUUUGCUAUGGAGUUGUCAUCCUGGGAGACUCAACUUAAUCUCAAUUGAUAUUGAAACAGUUACACGUUUCAUUGAUCGUUUAAUGUAUAUGAAAAAUUUGAGUCAUUCUACUUCUCAUGCAAGCACACCUUGGAAUAGUCAAUUAAAAGAUGUAAAAGCUUUUGAUGGGAACAACCAGUUGCUGCAACUCGGAAGUGAGGAGCUUGCAAAAAGGAUUAUGGAAACUUAUUUUAUAUUAGAUUGGUGAUGCAGUUAAUUCAUUUGUCAGGAUGUAUUUUGUUUGUUUUCCACAUCUAGCUUUAAAUUCUUUCACUUCCGUACACAUGACAUGAGUCUUUCUUUUUCUUUAAAAUUUUAAAAGUUGCAUAAGCAUGAAAUUGACAACCUAAUAAGUUGUUAUUUUUGCGAGUAGAGUGUGGUGAAGAAUGUUGUAAAUUUGUCGGAAUACAAUUCAAUGUUGUUACAGUAGUACAGAGCUCGAG